UAGCCACGAUAUGACUCCCGUCAAUCUUGGUACUCUUCCCAACAAUCCUGCUGUAACUCGAGUAUCAGAUAACGGAUUAUUUAUCAUACGGGUUCCAUGGAACACUGAUAACUCUUGGUAACUUUGGGCUUCGCCACCACAAGCCUGUUAUUCCUCAUCGUCGCACGCUUGGGUUCUCUCCGGGAGCACGUUUUAUUGGUGCUUUCGAUAGGCUCAGUGCUUUCACUUGGUCGACAGAUUCGGGUGAGCUCAUUGCGAGGUAUCGUGUGACAGAUUUCAAUUUUUGGAUUAUGAAUCCUGCUGUUCCACUGGCCUGCUCUCAUCACAUCCCUGAUCCUGUAUCUGCUCACUUGAAAAAACGUGGAGCAGCAGAUAGACAUCAUUCCAAAACAGAUGUGGUGCAUCACUUGGACGAGUCCUGGAUCAAGUGCCCAUUUUAUGUUCUUUCGCAAGGAAGAACCCCACUGUUCGGAACCGAUGGAGAACAUGGGGGGCUACCAGUGUUCUUCAAUGGCAAACUAGAAUUUGUUAUUCCCGAGGAGUAUCGACCAGCUGUUUAUUCUGGUGCCAAAGCCCUCGGUCCAGCCAAGAUGGGACUCGAAUUCUCUUCCAAGGCCGGCAGACAGCUCCGAUUGUUGUUGAUCUUAGCCAAGUCAUUUAGGAUGUUCGUGGUCAAUGGAAAUAUCUUCCUACAGUAUUUUCCUUGUGUGAUUCUAUCUACUGUCAGAGGGGAAUCGCAAAGUUUCGCUAGGCCAACCUUCCAACUUUUACUUCCCUCGGACGAGGUUCCCUUUCCCUAGGGUGCAGUGAGUAUAGGUAAAGCUCGGAGACUUGAACAGAUCUACGACCAUUCCUCCCUUGCAUUGCAUGUCGUUUAGUCCUGGGUCGGACAAAAUGAAUGUCGGUGUUGUGACCACAGAGAUUCUUUUUGAUUCUGCUCUUUUCAUAGUUCCUCAAUUCACUAUCACUCCGUUAGAUCAGAUAAUGU